ACCAAAACAGUAGCAUUGAAACUCCGUGGAUCUAUAAGAUCUUGAAGGCCUAUGAGUACGGUGCUUCUAUUGUAGUUCGUUACAGGUUGAACCAUCAAAGCUGCACAUUAAUGGUGACUACAAUAUUCGGGCUCGGUCACGUGCGCUAACGGCUCGCCGCACCGGAAAAUCGUUGUGGAUGCGAGGAAUGUUCCUCAUGGCGCAACAUCUUCGUAUUAUUCGCGCUUUCCAAAUGCGAGACAAGAACUUCGGCAAGACAGCGCCGACGAUGACGGCAGAGGCGGCUGAACGUUGGCGUUCCAGCUACCGUAGAUAUCGUCACCAAAAGCACCAAGAAAAAAAAGCAUCGAUAUCCGAAACAGAAAGAUCAAAGAUGCCAGGUGGCACUAAAGAGAAACGGAAAACAUUCAAACAGAUCAAGCUGGUGGCACGUGGUAGAUCGGGAGACAAACUGGAUCAUCAUGGUAAGAAAAAACACCAAGCUCUUGACAUGAACGACCACGAGAAUCCGUAG